UAAAACGAUCCAUCAACAUACACUCGCUCGCAAAGACCUUGAGCAUUUCCUUUCGCUUAAGCAAUGAUUUAUUUCGGAAAGUUGAUAAUGUGUGAUGAAAUGGGUGAUGUGGACGCGUGGAAAAUUGGAUGUGUACCCUUGCCCUUUCCGCUUGUGCCCUACAUAUGCUGCUCUCUGCCAAGGUCCGUGCCAGCGUGCGGGGUUUUCCGUGCCAAAAAGAAAGCAAAAAUAUAACACAGAUUAACUGGUUUCUUUCUGUGGCGGAGUCGGUGCGUACGAAUAAAAACCACAGAUGUGUGCACCAACGCCGGGACCGUCCGCCAGCGUUAAUCGCGCUCGGGUUGAUCGUUUACCCGGUGGACGUCAUAAUUUUCAAGAGGAUUUCCGCCGCAACGUCGAUGGCCGCCAGGCAAUAACAAAAAACGGCAUAAUACGGCCAGCGUAUUUAAUUUUAGCAAAAUUGCACGCGACCCGUACCCUGUCGUUUUGGGAUGUGAUGAGGAAUGGAUUGGGGCCCGAUGACACCCCGCUCGAUGCUCCACAUGUGAUAGAGACAUGAUGAGAUGAUCGUCGGUCAGCUCUAUUGUCAAAACACAGUACAGGGAAAGUUGCAUCCUACGAGUGCUCCGAUUGGAGUCGCCAACUAGAUGAAGAAGAAAAACCCCCCAUCAAAUCCCCAUCGAGUCGUAAAACCUUGCCUCGCCCGCGACAUGGACGAUCAACAACAUCACCAACCGAGACGCGACCAGACAGCUGGCGUUAGCUUGUCUACCGUCGUCGUCGUCGUCUUCCCGAACGUUGUUACCCCGAAAGUUUGAAAAGGAAAAGAACGGAAAAUCGUUAUGUGUGUGUUUUUCCCCAAACGCUUCAGAGUUUUCUUCACCACCCCAACCCCACAGUUGAAAGCAUCGGAAUAUUGCGAGGAAAACCCGACACAGCGUGCGGAUAGCAGCAGUUGUUGUAGCAGUGCCACAACAACCGGACGUCGUGGAACGCCGCGCAAUUCUCCCAAGUGCAACAAGUGGGUGGUGCUGCAUAUUCGGCUAGUUUGCAACCGGAAGGCGGAUAUCGAUCAAACUCCGCGCGUCGUGUACACACGCAGUCUGUUGCUCCGGUGGCGCAGAGUUGUUUAGUGCGUUGGAACGCUUCUUCCGAGAAAGGACUAUCUCAAAAGCGAAGUAGAGCUAUUGUGUUUCCCAAGAACUGAGUGUGAUUGUGCCUGCAAUGAAGUAUCCCAACACACUGGACCUCAACACGUACCGGGCGUACAUGUGCGCUCGGCAUCUAAAUCGGGACAAGAACCGCUUGCUGGAUGCCAUCAACCUCGACUGGGACCUGAACGUACCGGAACCGCUCAAGAUUCUCUGCCUGAAGUCGAUAGCCGACAAUUGGAUGACUGUCCCGUACUUCCGGGAGCUUCCACUGUGCGAAGACCGCCAGUACCUGCUCGACUUGCUCGAUCUGAACUUCCCGCUGGAGAAUCUGUGUUCCCGGGUGCGCAGCGAUGCGUUCUGGAAGCGAGCAUUUCACCACCGUUGGCGUAACUUCGUGCCGAUCGAGGUGGGCACAAAACCAUGGAUACGGAUCUACCUCGAGCAGCAUCUGUCCGAGAUGGUGGAGCAUCUGAAACCGAACGAUUACGAUCAGGAAGGGAUCAAGAAGAUAGUCGACCUGUGCUCCCCGUUCGUGCGCGAGUUGCGCGUCGAACGGCUGCAGCCUUCCCUGUCGGACAACAGUGACCACGUACCGCUGGAUGUGGUGCUGGCCAACUUGCGUCGGCUACAGCGCAUCAGCCUGACGUACGAUGUGAAGGAUGUGGGACACAACUUCUUUCUCGGUUGUGCCACCAUUACCGAGAUGGAUGUGAAGCUGAUGACGCAAGGUCUCGAGCGGUGCAACGAGUUGACGGAGUUCCGGCUGCACAGCAGCAAACUUGAACCGACCAUGAUGAAGCGCAUCAGUGCGGCACUUGGCAAGGGUUGUCCGAACUUGCGCACGAUCGCGUUUCCACACUGCCGCUGUGGGGACAUCGGGUUGCGCGCGUUCUGUGAGCCCAUCCAUCCGAAGUCGUUCCCCAACGUGCGGGAGGUUAUACUGACCAACAACUUUCUGUCUCCUGAGAGCGUCCAAGAGCUUACCUGGCGGCUGCGACAUCGUCAAAUCGAAAAGCUAGACCUGAGACUCAACCCUAUCCUUACCGAAGGGGCCGCAUACAUCAUGACGAGCGUGUACUACAUGCCCUUGCAGGAACUCAAUCUUAGCUGCUGUUCGAUCGACGAGCAGAUCGAGGAGUAUCUGCUGAUGCUGAUUCGUUUCAAUUACACAAUCAAACGGUUCGACAUCUCCUCCAACCGUCUGUCGCCGGCCAUGGGCGAACGGUUGCUGCAGCGUGUCUACGAAAAUAAAACGCUCCAGCAGUUCGAUUUGCGCAACACGGACAUCUCGUACGAUGUGCGGGCCAUCAUCGAUGAGGUGAUCUUGGAGAACCGUGAUCCGCACAGCUUGCACAAGUGGCAGGCUCGGUAAGCGGGCGCCGCUAUCUAGGGAUAUAAGACAUGAAACUAUCAGCAUUAAUGACCAUUAAUUAAAUUAAUCGAACAGAUGAAUGGAUAAAUAAAAAUUGUUGUUAUUAACAG